AUGUCCGAGUGGCUGGAGCGCCCGCACGGUGCACUCACUUUCCGGCUCGUGCAGAUUCUCUCGGGGCAUGGCUGCUUCGGGAGGUAUCUGCACAAAAUCGCCGGAAGAGAGCCUACCGAGGAGUGCCACGAGUGCGGCGCAGAUGUGGACACGGCAGAACACACUCUGGAGGUGUGCCCUGCGUGGGGGCCGGAGCGCGAAGAACUCAUAGCCAUAGUGGGGCCGGACCUGUCGCUGCCGGCUGUGGUCAAGUCCAUGGUCGACAGCGACCGAUCCUGGCAGGCGGUGGCAAACUUCUGUGAGCUCACUAUGACGCAGAAGGAAACGGCGGAACGGGCCAGAGAGGUCGACCCCAUGGCCGACCAACGGCGCCGCAAGCGUGCUCGACGCAGACGGGUCGCACAAGACCGCCGUCUGCCUCCAUAG